UACAACACCUCAUACCUCAAUCUUCAUCAAUCAAAAGAUUCAAAACCAGACAUAUAUAUCAUUCACACAUACUUUCCUUGCAAUUGAGGUUUAUUCGUUUUUAGGUUAGCCGAUUGUAAAGAUCAUAUCAAUAAGGGUUAGCUGGUUUCAUAUUCAUCAACUUGAACUAGCAGUCAUGAGUUUAAUAUUCUUAACCCUUGCCUUAUUAAUUCAUUUCUCUCGAGCCCAAAUUUCCCCAGAAGACUAUCUAGCCCCACAUAAUUUAGCUCGCGCCGAGGUUAAUGUUACACCUCUAGGAUGGGAUAAUAUAGUUGCUUCAUAUGCUACGGACUACGCUAAGCAGAGAGCCGAUGAUUGUAAGCUUGUUCAUUCUGCUGGUGGACCAUACGGUGAGAAUCUUGCGACGAGUACAGGCGAUCUUGCUGCAGGAGAUGCUGUAAACUUGUGGGUAGAAGAGAAAAGCAAUUACGACAUGGAAUCAAACUCAUGUCAAGGAGGAGAGUGUCUGCACUACACACAAGUGGUUUGGAGAAACACUGUCCGUCUAGGGUGUGCGAGUGUGAAUUGUACUACCGGUGGUACUUUCGUCAUCUGUAGUUAUGAUCCUCCAGGCAAUUGGGUAGGACAACGUCCUUAUUCAGAUCAGGUUCUGAAGCCUCGCAAGACAGGCUCCAAUACAGGGUCCAGAAAGAAUUGUGCUAAUUUUUUGGUGUAUUUUCUUGUUUCGUUUUUGCUUAGUCACAAAUUUUAUUAA